AUGUCAUUGGAUGAAAUACAAGAGAAAAUCAAUUUAACUACACUUAAUGAAAAUGUUAAAUGGCAUUUACAACCAGCUUGUGCUAUUCAAAAUGAAGGUCUUCAUGAAGGCUUUCAAUGUGCUAGUUUACCUUCAAAUGAAGCAUUAUUACAAACAAUUCGUCAUGAACGACCACCAAUGCAACUUGAUCAUAAUAGUCUUUUACCUCUUAUAUUUCGAGCAACUGAUCGUGGAAAAGCUUUGUUUUGA